GUAACCCAUGACAUCACAGUGGUUGUGUCUACACGUCCUCAUGUCAUUUGGUGCAUUAGACAACUGUUGACAUUGUUCUGUGGCAGGUGUGGACGUGUUGACUUGGACUUUUAUUUCAUUUUAUAAAUCUAACAGAACAUUUUUCAUCUUCCCCAAACUUUGCAAAUUUACACUACAGUUAUGAAUUGAUUUGAGGUGUUUUUACAUGUUUUCCUCAAAAGCUCUUAUUUUCUGAACUGAUGAAAAAGAAAUAUUGUUUUGUUGUGAUUUCAGAAUGGAGGAGAACUUGACCUACAACAGCUACAUGCUCAAGAUGGAGGGGUUAAAGGUGACAGAGAGAAGCAUGUACCCUGUCUUCUUCACCUUCCUCAUCUCCUACGUCUUUGUAAUGGUGAUGAAUGUGGGCAUUUCUAUUAUAAUCAUCAUUGAUAAGAACCUUCAUCAGCCCAUGUACCUGCUGUUCUGUAACCUGACAGUCAGUGACAUUAUUGGCAGCACUCAUAUGGUACCUAGACUGCUGGCAGAUAUCCUGCGCCCCCCCCCUGAACGCCUCAUCAGCUAUUACCAGUGUAUGGUUCAGGCCUACAUCAUGCAGCUGUUUGGCACCACCACUCACACCGUGCUGAUGAUCAUGGCCUUUGACAGAUACGUGGCCAUCUGUAACCCCCUGCGCUACAGUGCCAUCAUGACCAACAAGAUGCUGGUCAAGCUGACAGUUUCUGCCUGGGGAGUGGCCUUUGUUUUAGUGGGCAUUCUAAUUGGCCUGACUGCCCGACUGAGUCGGUGCAGGACUCUGAUCAAAGGUCCUUUCUGUGACAAUGCUUCACUCUUCAAACUGUCCUGUGAGAGUGUCCUCAUAAAUAACGUCUACGGCCUGACCUUCACCGUGGUUCUGACGACCGCCUCCAUCGGCAGCAUGGUCGCCACCCAUCUUAUGGUCUGCCUGACCAGUAAGAACAAGUCUCUGAGCAGUAAGGCCUUGAAGACCUGCAGCACUCACCUCCUGGUCUUCUUGGUCAUGAUUCUUAGCGGUAGCAUCAUUAUCAUCAUGCACCGUUUCCCUGAGCACAAAGACUACGCCAAACUCUUUGGUAUCCUGUUUGUCAUCGUCCCUGGAAGUCUCAACCCUAUCAUUUAUGGUGUACAAUCCAAAGAGAUUAGACAAUUCUUGGCCGUUAAGUUCCAUUUGCUGUCAAGAAAGCUGUGACUUGUUCUUUCUGUUUAUUUUAAUAAAAAAUCCUACAACCAUGGUUCAGUAGUGACUCAUCUUAGUGUUGGUCCAAUCAUUUUCUCAGUGAAUGUUGUUUGUGCUACACAGUUUUUAAAAACACAUACUCUAAGAUACCACUACGUCCUGUUUGCACAGGUGACUGCGUUGGUACAACGAUGAUCUAUGCUCUACUGCUGCAUUCUUCUAAGGGCCACUAGGGAAGUGGAGCCAGUAGUCACCGGGCAAAGCCAACGUUAAAGGUGGACAGUUCUCCUGUCCAUCACUGGGCCUCACAUAGUGACAACCAUCCACACUCACACUCACAUUCACACCAAUGGGCUGUUCAGAGUGAAUAUUAAUCUAAUCCCUAAUCUGCAGUUUUUGACUGUGGACAAAACUGGAGAAAAAACACCCCCACACAGGGAGAACUCCACACAGAAAGACCAGCAAUAAGAGCUGGGAAUUGAACCAGUGACCUUCUUACUUUGUGGCAACAACAUUACCCAGUCUCCCCCUCUAUGACCCUGGUACAAGAUUAAUGUUUACCAUCAACCUAAACUCAAUAAAAAAACCUCUUCCACAAAAACAUGAGACUACGGUGAAUAAACCACAGGAACCGUCACUGAACCUGUGGUACUUUAUGACAGGACAUGUGACACAAGCAUCACGGUUCCAGAUGAAAUUCAACAGAAGAAGCAGACAAACUGUGCAGUGGUACAACUGUGAGCUGAGUGAUGUCAUUAAGAUCAUGUUGUUUUUAAUCACCAUCCAAGUCAUUAAUGUGUCAAAGCCAAAGAUUAGGAGUUGAUGAAGACUUCCAAACUCUCAGAUGGUAAACUUUUUCUGCUGACACUUGGUGUCCCUGGACUUUGUCUCUGCAGUAACAGUCUAGUGUCAGCAGGAAAU